GACACCGUAUCCUAUUUGAACACUAAUAUGAAGGCCGGAAAGUCUGUGCUCAUUGAAGGCGCCAACGCCACGAUGCUUGACAUCGAUUUUGGCACGUAUCCAUUUGUCACUUCGUCCAACUGUACGGUUGGAGGCGUGUGUACGGGUCUCGGCAUUCCUCCCCGUUAUAUCGGUGACGUGUAUGGCGUGACCAAAGCCUAUUGCACUCGCGUAGGCGACGGUCCCUUUCCGACCGAACUGUUGGACGAAACGGGCGAUUACUUACAGACGACCGGCAAAGAGGUCGGCGUCACCACUAAACGCAAGAGACGGUGCGGUUGGUUGGAUCUCGUGCUCCUCCGCUACUCUCAUAUAAUCAACGGCUACUCAGCUCUAGCGAUUACUAAAUUGGAUGUUUUGGACGAGUUUAAGGAAAUUAAAAUAGCCGUCAGCUAUACAUUGGAUGGCGUCGAGUAUAAGGAGGCGCCGCCAGCCAAUGCGGCGGAUAUGGCUAGAGUUGAAGUGAAAUAUAUCACACUCGAGGGCUGGCAGACAUGUAUCGCCAAAAUCCGCAAAUUUGAUGAUUUGCCUGUCAAUGCCCAGCGAUAUGUCCGUACAGUUGAGACUCUGGUCGAUGUGCCGGUCAAAUGGGUUGGUGUCGGUCCCAAACGCGAUGCAAUUAUUACACUCCCAGAAUAUGUGGCAAAAGGCGAAACACAUGUGAAGACAAAAUACAAGACAAUGUCAGCGAAACCCAUGUGUAGAUAUGGUCAGCAAUGUUACCGCAAGAAUCCCCUCCACUUCCAAGAGUUUGACCAUCCAUUUGAUCCAAAUGCCGCGCCAAAGUCGGCCACCAGUGAUGGUAAACCUCGUCCCGCUAUCAACCGCUUCCUCUUCAGACAAUCGGUCGAUCACUUCGACAGUGAAUCCAAACAAACGACUCAAGAGUUCGGACGAAUCGGUGGCCAACAAAACGAUUGA